AUGCGUCGAAUCGACAAUGCAUUCGUAGCCUUGUCUGGUUUCCGAUCACCAUCCUCUCUACCUGUACCCCGAAACAUCAUCACAACGAAGACAUUGCUUCAAUUGCACACAUUAGGUUCAGAUUCCGAUCAUUUCGAUGUCACACAACUAAUUUUACCUAAACCAACCAGCGAAAUCUCAUUGGGGAUCGCUCAUGCUACUGUAAUCAAGAACGCUGCUAUCAGUCACUUACAAGUUAGUAACUAUAUAUUGAGCUUGUACGUAAAGUUCACUAAUUUAACACUUGCCCACCAACUGUUCGACGAAAUUUCUCAGAGAGAUGUGCGAUCGUGGACUAUCCUUAUUUCCGGGUUUUCACGAACUGGAUCACACAACCUGGCCUUACGUUUAUUUACCCAGAUGCAAAAGGAACGUAUUACCCCAAAUCAGUUCACAUUUUCGAGUGUUUUGAAGUGUUGUGGAAGUGCAAAGGAGCUUAACAUGGGUAAAACGAUUCUUGGAUGGAUAUUGAGAAAAGGGGUUUUUUUAGACACGACAUUACAAAAUUCCAUACUUGAUUUCUAUGUGAAAUGUCAGGCUUUUGAUUAUGCCACAAAGUUUUUUGAGUUUAUGACUGAUAAAGAUACAGUCUCAUGGAAUAUAAUGAUCAGUGCACUUUUGAAGAACAAAGAUAUAAAAAAAGCUGAAGAUUUAUUCUUUCAAUUACCCAAUAAAGAUCCAGCAAGUUGGAAUACUAUCAUAGAUGGAAAUCUGCAAAAUGGAUAUGAACAAAGGGCACUCCAACUUCUUUAUCAAAUGGUGACAAAUGCUACAUCUUUUACACAUUUUACUUUCUCAAUAGCUUUAAUAUUAGCAUCUUCUUUAAAUCAUCUCAAUUUAGGAAAACAGAUUCAUGGUAAACUUCUAAGAAUUGGAAUCCAUGAUUCCUUCAUCAAGAAUUCACUUCUUGACAUGUACUCCAAAUGUGGCGAAAUGGAAAAGGCAUUGAUCAUUUUCAAAACUUCAGAUGUUGACUUUGUGUCUCUAAGUUCAAUAGUUAGUGGUUACAUUCAAAAUGGUAAGAUAGAAGAUGGUUUAAAAGUUUUCAGCUUUAUGGUUCAUGAACAUGGCGAAAUUGACAAAUUUACCCUUGCGAGUGUUCUUUCUGGUUGUUCUGAUUCCGGGCUUUUGGAUCUUGGUCAACUUAUUCAUACAUAUGUUUUGAAAUCGGGACAUGAAGAUGUGUUUUUAAGUUCAUCAAUGAUAGAUAUGUAUGCCAAAUGUGGAAAGUUACAAUGUUCUUUGUUAGUUUUUCAAGAAUCCAAGAUUAGAAAUGUUGUGUUAUGGACUUCAAUAAUAUCUAGUUUUGCAUCACAUGGUGAAGGAAAGGAGACUAUUCGUCUUUUUGAGAUGAUGAGAAACGAAGGGGUUGAACCAAAUGAGAUAACUUUUUUAGGGGUUUUAACUUCUUGUAGUUAUCAAGGGUUAAUUAAAGAAGGGUGUGAUUAUUUCAUGUUAAUGAAAGAUUUUUAUGGCAUUAAGCCUCAAGUGGAGCAUUUCACUUGUAUGGUGGAUCUUUUGGGAAGAGGUGGUAGGUUGAAUGAGGCAAAGGGUUUUAUUUUUGAGAAUGGAAUUUCGCAUUUGAGUGUUGUUUGGAAAGUGUUUUUAUUGUAUUGUCAUUUAUAUAAAGAUUUGGAAAUGGCGAAAUGGGCUUGUGAAAAGUUAUGUGAAGUUGAGCCAUUAGAGAGUGGAGGUUAUGUUUUGAUGUCGAAUAAGUGUGCGGAUGAUUGUAGGUGGGAGGAAGUUGCUAGGAUAAAGCGUUUGAUGCAAGAAAAGGGAAUAAAAAAGAAACCUGGCCAAUCUUGGAUCCAAUGA